AGUUGUUUAGUAGGCUUUGGAGAUAAGCGAAGCUAUUUAAAUUCGUCUUAAUAUUCUUAAGCAGAUGACUAAAAAUUUUCUGUAGCGCAACUAAAAAAAAUACAAAAAAAUACAAAAAAAUCAACCAUUUGGAAUAAAAACGAAAAUCAAUAAAAAAUAGAAAAUUGCGAAACGAAAAAGAAGAAAGAAUGGCUCUAAAACGUUUGAAAUGUGAUCUCAGUCCAGAGCUAACGACCUGUCUAAAGCUCGCUGAUAAUGUCCGUCCCGAUUGCUGUCCGAUAAUCAAGCGCAUACCUUACGAUGCUGAGUGUUUCCUCAGAGACAUUGGCAAGGAGCUGAAGAAGCUGUACGAGCGUCACGCGCGCAGCUUUACGAAACGCAAACGUAUUAUGGAGCUGGCGGUGCCGCUGCGUCCCAGAUGCCGCUACUUGCCCAAAUGUGCGUGUCCAUUCAAAAAGACAAUCGAAAUCGUACCAGCGGAUCACCCCAUCCAUACACGCACCGAUCAAUUGGCACUGCCGACAGUUAGGCGCUUGCUUAGCCGUCGGGCCGAUGCCAUCGCGAACGGUGAUUUGAUUGGCGAGGGCAUCAUUAAUCGCUUGUUACGUUACAGUUAUAUGUCUUUGUACAGUCGCUUGUGCAAUGUGCAGCCGUUGGAGAAACCCAAAAAGAAGAAGAAGCUAACAGAGAAGCAAAUGAAGAUGAGGGAGAUGAAUAUCGCACGACUCGCUAAGCCACGUAAGCCGAGAACUCCACCGCCACUGGAUCGUAAAAAGGGACAAAUAGAUCAGCGGCGUCUUAAGAAACUGUCCCGUCCCAAGGUCAUUAUGGAGGACAUCAAGCCUGAAUGGGAGUUCACACCGGGCAUGCGUAAUUACAAAGCCUCGGAUCGUGUUAAGACUUUGGCUGAGCCAGUGGAUCGACCCAAUGUGCACACCAACGAAAAUCCUGGAAAAGUCUCACCCAAUGCACUUAAAUAUAAACCGAGUGAUCGCAUUAAGGAGAUGUCUCAGCCUCUGGCUAAGCACGAAGCCAAUUUGGGUCCGGCCGAUCUGAAGGACGAUCCGUUUUCCAUUUCACCAAACGCAUUAAAAUACAAGAUAACCACGCGUAUGAAGGAGUUGGCCGAGCCAAAGGAGUUCGAGAAUACGCACAUUCGGGAGAAUCCUUUUGCCAUCUCGCCGGCGGCGCUCAAGGCGAAGGCUUCGCCGCGACUCAUAGAACUGGCCAAGCCCAAAGGCUCGUAAGCCCAAA